UCCGGGUCCUUGGCGGCGGGCGCUGCGGCCUCGCGACCCAAAGACAGACAGAGAGACGGAGAGAGGGAGGGAGGCCCAGCGCCGGAGCAGAGCCGGAGCGCCUUCGUCGUCGUCGUCGGGGCCGCGGAGAGCCCCUUCCCCUCCCGGAAUGGCGCUGGGCCCUUGAGGCCGGCAUUGGCUCCAUGGAGGCGGCUUCGGCGGCGUGCGAGGAGGAAGGGCGCGCCCGGCCCCGUCCGGAACCUGCGGCAGUUAUGUUGACGCCUGGGUGGACUUUGAUCACUGGAGGCUUGAGAACUUAGCUGAAGCUGCUCUUCAUACCCAAAGGCUGAGGGAGCAGACAAGAGGCUUGAACCUUGAAGAGGGUCGUUAACUCUAAGAUGUCCUUGAGCAGUGGAGCUUCCGGAGGGAAAGGAGUGGAUGCAAACCCAGUUGAAACGUAUGACAGUGGGGAUGAAUGGGACAUUGGAGUAGGGAAUCUCAUCAUUGAUCUGGACGCAGAUUUGGAGAAGGACCAACAGAAAUUGGAAAUGUCAGGCUCCAAGGAAGUGGGGCUACCAGCACCGAAUGCUGUGGCAACACUGCCAGAGAAUAUCAAGUUUGUGACCCCAGUGCCAGGUCCACAGGGCAAAGAAGGCAAAUCCAAAUCCAAACGGAGUAAGAGUAGCAAGGACAGUAGCAAGACUGCCCCAGGAUCCUCUCUGUUUACUCCAAGUGAAGGGACCAGUGGAAAGAAGGAGGCUCAGGGGCGCCCUGGGGAUGGCAUGAACUCUGGUGGCUUGGUGGCUGCCAUUGCCCCAAAGGGCUCUGAGAAAUCGGCCAAAGCUUCUCGCAGUGUGGCCAACGCAAAGAAGGAGAAGGAAGGGGGUUCGUCCAAGAGUAAGAAGGAAAGGAGUGAGGGUGCGGGUGCUCCAGCAGAAAAGGAGCCCAGUGUACUCCAACCUCUUGCUUUGGCUGUCAGGGUUGGUCAGUAUGAUGGUAGCCAAGGAUCAGAGCCUUCUGCUACUGCUGCUGAGCAGCUUGGAGGUAUAGCUAUUGACACAGGAUCUGCACUCAAUCCUUUGGGAGUUAAAUCAGAGCUGGAAGAUGGUGACAGUGAAUGUCGACAGCUCAAAAAAGUCAAAUCGGAGAAGAUGGAGUCUCCAGUGUCCACCCCUGCAGUGCUACCAUUGCAUCUUCUUGUCCCUGUUGUCAACAGUGAUAUAUCAUCACCAUGUGAGCAGAUAAUGGUACGCACUCGCUCUGUAGGGGUAAACACCUGUGAUGUGGCACUGGCUACUGAACCAGAGUGCUUGGGCCCCUGUGAACCUGGCACCAGUGUCAAUCUGGAGGGUAUCGUGUGGCAGGAGACAGAAGACGGUAUGCUGGUGGUGAAUGUCACCUGGCGGAAUAAGACUUAUGUGGGCACACUCCUGGACUGCACACAGCAUGACUGGGCGCCACCAAGGUUUUGUGAUUCUCCCACCAGUGAUCUGGAGAUGCGAAAUGGUCGAGGGAGAGGGAAGCGCAUGCGGCCCAACAGCAACCCCCCAGUGAAUGAAAACACAGCAGCCUCAGACAGCAAAGGGACCAGCAACAGUAGCAAAACAAGGGCAGGGGCCAACAGCAAGGGACGCCGAGGCAGCCAGAACUCAUCGGAGCAUCGCCUUCCACCCAGUGGCACUUCUGAGGAUGUCAAGGCCAGCCCUUCAUCUGUGACCAAGCGGAAAAGCAAGCCCCUCUCUGACAUGGAAGUGAAUUCCAGUUCUGAGGAUUCCAAGGGAAGCAAACGCGUCCGUACUAACUCCAUGGGCUCAGCUGCUGCACCUUUGGUGGCAGCGGCGGCGGCAGCAGCAGCAGCAGCCUCAACGACAGUCAAAGUGGAACCUGCCAUUCUGGAUAGAAACUGUCCCUCCCCCAUACUCAUUGAUUGCCCCCACCCCAACUGUAGCAAAAAGUACAAGCACAUUAAUGGACUCAAGUAUCACCAGGCUCAUGCACAUACCGAUGAUGACAGCAAACCUGAGGCUGAUGGAGAUAGUGAGUAUGGUGAGGAGUCAUCUCUUCCAGCUGAUCUGGGCAGCUGCAAUGGUGCUUCCAGUAGCCAGAAAGGUUCUUUAUCUCCAGCUCGAUCAACUACCCCCAAAAUACGGCUAAUAGAACCACACAGUCCCUCACCAUCAAGCAAGUUCAACCCCAAAGCUACUUGUAAGAAGAAGCUGGGUGGCGAGGGGGACCCAGACUCUGGUGCUCUGUCGAAUGAUGGCUCUGAUGGCCCUUCGAUAGCUGAUGAGACAAGCAAUGAUGGCUUUGACUCAAUGGAGAAGAGGAGCAGUGACAAGGAGAAAGCCAAAAAGCCUGUCAGUAUCAAGCCUGAGAAGGUAUCUUCAAAGAGCAUCAAGUCUGCUCGACCCAUAGCUCCAGCUAUACCACCUCAGAUCUACACCUUUCAGACAGCCACAUUCACUGCUACCAGCCCUGUCUCCUCCACAGGCCUCACCACCACAGUUGUUCAGGCCAUGCCCAACAGUCCCCAGCUGAAGCCCAUUCAACCCAAGCCAACUGUAAUGGGAGAGCCCUUCACAGUUAGUCCAACACUUACUCCUGUCAAGGACAAGAAGAAGAAGGACAAGAAGAAGAAAGAGUCCAAGGAAAUGGAGAGCCCCCUGACUCCUGGAAAAAUAUGUCGAGCUGAGGAAGGGAAGAGCCCCUUCCGAGGUGAGCCCAGUGACAUUGGGGCUAAAGGGGAGGGACUUUUGAAUGGCUCCUCUGACCCCCACCAGAGCCGUCUUGCCAGCAUCAAAGCAGAGGCAGAUAAGAUCUACAGUUUUACCGACAAUGCCCCAAGCCCAUCCAUUGGAGGUGCCAGCCGACUAGACAGUGCGGCACCCACACAGCCCUUGACUCCACUUCAUGUUGUCACCCAAAAUGGUGCAGAAGCUAGUUCUGUGAAAACCAAUAGCCCUGCCUAUUCUGACAUCUCAGAUGCAGGGGAGGAUGGAGAGGGUAAACUAGAUAGCAUGAAAGCAAAGGACCCUGAGCAGCUUGCUAAGGAAGGAGCCAAAAAGGCCCUUUUUUCCUCUCAGCCCCAAAACAAAGAGUCUCCUUAUUAUCAAGGUUUUGAGGCUUACUACUCACCAGGCUAUGCACAGUCAAGUCCAGGCCCAAUAAAUCCCAACAGUCAAGCCUCAGUUGAUGGCCAGGCUCUGAAACUAAAGAAAGAUGAAGAGCCACCAAGCCCAGAGGUGAAGGUGAAGAAUGAGGCUUGUGAGGAGAAGAAGGCAGAGCUUGGCCCCUCCAGCCAGCAGCCUUCUGUCAUCCAGCAGAGAUCCAACAUGUACAUGCAGUCUCUCUACUAUAACCAGUAUGCCUAUGUGCCUCCUUAUGGGUACAGUGAGCAAGGGUAUCAUGCCCACCUGCUAAGCACUAACCCAACAUACCGACAGCAGUAUGAAGAUCAGCAAAAGCAGCGUCAGGCCCUGGAGCAACAGCAGCGUGGAAUGGACAAGAAAGUGGAGCUGGGCUUGAAGGAGCGAGAAGUAGCACUCAAGGAGGAUUGGAAGCAGAAGCCAUCACUCCCACCUACUCUGACUAAAGCACCCAGUCUGACUGACUUAGUCAAAUCUGGACUCAGCAAAGCCAAGGAUCAGGGAGGUGAUCUGGCCAAGUCUGUCAUUAUUCCUAAGUUGGAGGAUUCUUCGAAGCUCCAAGGACAGGCUGCAGAAGGCCUCAAAGGAAAGCUAAAUGAAAGCCAUCUUAGCAAAGAAACAGCAGAGUCAAAGUCUGGUUUGGACUGUGGCCGGCAGGCUGAAGUGGAUCCAGUACUCUGGUACAGACAGGAGACAGAGCCCCGAAUGUGGACCUAUGUGUACCCUGCUAAAUACUCUGACAUCAAAACAGAAGAUGAGCGGUGGAAAGAAGAGAGGGAUCGGAAGUUAAAGGAAGAAAGGAGUCGCAGUAAAGAAUCUCUUGCUAAGGAGGAUGGGAAGGAGAGUACAAGUUCUGACUGCAAAGUGCCCUCCAGUGAAGAGUCACGUUUACUGGGGAAGGAGCCCAGACCUAGCAGCCACGUGCCAGUGUCCUCACCCCUCAGUCAACAUCAGUCCUACAUCCCUUACAUGCAUGGCUACUCCUACAGCCAGUCGUAUGACCCUAACCAUCCCAGCUACCGUGGCAUGCCCACUGUCAUGAUGCAGAACUACCCAGGUUCUUACCUGCCCUCCAGUUACUCCUUCUCCCCAUACGGCAGCAAAUCCUCAGGAAAUGAGGAGAGUGAGAAAUCCCGAGCCAGCCCUAGCAUUGGUUGCAAAUCUAGUUCUGAAUCCAAGGCCCUGGACAUCUUGCAGCAGCACGCCAGCCACUACAAGAGCAAGUCCCCAACAAUAGGUGAAAAGGCCUCUCAAGAGCGCAGUGGCUGUGGGGUGGGAGGAAGCAGUGCAGGCUGCAGCGGUGUAGGGGGACCCAGUGGUGCUGAGAGAAGCGUUGACCGGCCCCGCUCCUCUCCUUCACAGCGUCUGAUGUCCACACAUCACCAUCACCAUCACCUGGGCUACUCACUGUUACCGACUGCCCAGUACAACCUGCCCUAUGCAACAGGUCUUUCAUCCACAGCCAUUGUUGCCAGUCAGCAAGGCUCUGCUCCUUCAUUAUAUCCCCCGCCCAGGAGGUGAAAAUGGACAUGAUGUGAUGGAUAACCUAGGCUAUACCAAGCCAUGUGACUGGCUCACAUGAGGAAGCAUUGGAAAUUGCAUUAGACAUCAGUUGAAUGGUGUUGAUUGUUCUGCGUGAUGAUCCUGCCAUAAUGUGAGGCAGACUCUGCCCCCUUCCCUUUUGAACCCAAGCUGAGCCCCCCCCCCCCCCAUGUGUGAGUUGUGGAGCUAGAACUUGCAGAAGUAUUUAUUCACCUGACUUGGGGUUGACGGGCUGAUAUCCAGAACUCCUCUGGAACAGGGAUUUUGUGGUGGCAAGCCAAGUGGUGUGGCAUCACAGGAUACUUGGAAUACUGGGAAGGGAAGGCACGCCCUGGACUGUAUCCAUGACUCUCUUGUUCCUGAACUGCAACCAAGACAGCUACCUUCAGGGCUGGCUGAAGUUGAAGAGAAGAUCCAGAUUGUGUAUUUUUACUAGUGAUAAAUGUUUCCUUGGCACAAAGGGGUAGGCAGGCUCCAGCAAAGACCACGAAAGAGAUGAUUCUGCUGCUUCUGCUGGCCUGAGAAAUGGGAAGUUGGGAGCAUGGGGUAAAGAAGCAUAGCUUGCAACAGACACAAGCCAGCUAUGUGCUCCACUGUCAAGAACAAUACUGAAAUCUUUUAUAGCACUUUGCCUCUAGGACUGUGGCUCCCUCAUGCACCCUGAAAAGCCCUUUGUUCCACUGGCUGGGUUUUUUUUAAGCAUCUCUCCCUGCUGGCAGGACUUGUGUGUUGCAAGCAGCAGAUGCUGCUUUGCUCUAUAGCACAAAAUAUGCAUUCAGUUCUGCAUCAAACUGGGCAUUUUAGCAGGCAGGUCCUGCUGCUGUUGGGAUGGGUUUCCACUGCUGCCUAGUCAUCUUGCCUCACUCAGCUGGGAGACUGCUGACUGCCUGUCUUCCCCAAUCCCUUUCCUCUCUUAAUAAAAGUUCUUGUUUCCACAAGAAGAGAGUGUGCAGAUGGGGCUGGAUGCAUUUCAGGCAUGCAGUUCUUCAUUCUCUACAGUUGCAAGACCAUCCUUUCCCAGCAGGGAGUGAACAGGUGGAUGCUGGGACUGUGAGAUUUAAGAGUGGGUGCUCUUGAUCUUGCUGAGAUGAAGAAAGUAGUCCUAGUAAUUAAGUGGCUGCUCACUCAUAAAAACUCAUAAAGCUGCAAGGUUUACUAACAUUGGUCUGAGGCAGUGAAGGAUUGAUCUGUGGCCAAAUGCCCCAUGGGCUUUGAGACUUGACUAAUUCCAGUGGGGAGGAAAUGCAUUCCCCAGCAUCAUGGGUUGAUGGUCUGAAUUCCUCACCCCCAAGCCCUUGCCAGUGUUCCUCCUGAAUCUUCCAGUUGGAACUCUGCCUAUUUUCAUGGGGAUUUCCUUCCUCUUUCAUGCAGGGUAGUCACCUCUUAAUAGCAGUCAAGGGAGGUCUUUUUUGCCCUAUUUAGCCAAAUGAUAAGGAGUGGGUGCUGUAUUUCUGCCCCAACAAUGCAAGUCUCCAGCUCUCUUUCUGUUCCUGUCUGUAUGUUGUGUGAGGCCACCCUCUGCCUCUUGGAUUUUGUAUAUACUGUAAAAAGGAAUUGUUUGAAACUUCUUGUUGUUGUUUCUUUCUCACCCCUGGGGUCUCAUAUAUAUCCAUACAAGUAAAAAACAUUUUCUUUUAUAA